AUGAGCGAGCAGGCAGACGCCCAGAUGGGCGGCGUCACUCCAGAGCCUCAGCACGUCGAGGUUGCGGCCGAUGCCAGUAACAUCACUACCACCGCCGCAGAUGAUGGAGAGAGGGCUUCGAAGAGACUUAAGAUGAACGACUCGGUCCCAUCUCAAUCUGUGCCCGGAGAGGGUCUGCACGACGCGCCCACGGGCAAGGAUGAGAAGGUGGCCAACGGUGAGAAGGAGCAGACUCAAGAGUCAAAGUCUGACUCCAAGACUGAGCACGUUGAUGGACGCACCAAGGGAGUCGCACCCAUUAAGAAGGAGUAUCUCGUUGAUGUGUCCACUCUGAAGGAUGCCUCAGCCGACGAUGUGAACGAUGAUGAUGCCGCCGAAGGACGUGAAGCUACCAACGGAGCUUCCAAUGAAGCAAACGGCGAGAGAAACGACCGCAAGUCUGGCAAGGGCAAGAAGGACAAGAAGAAGCAAAAGGGCCAGAACACAGAGCGUAGCUUCGGCAAGUUCGAUGACGCCUUUCGCAUUUGCAACAGCCGAGCUUUCUACCCCGAGUUCUCCCCCAGAGAGUGCAAGUUCGGCGACCGAUGCAAGCUCUCUCACGACCUACGCAAGUAUCUCGAAGAGGGACGUCGAGGAGACGUUGAGACUUUUGACGGCAAAUGUCCCGUGUUUACGGCUCAUGGCCACUGCCCCUCGGGCUGGAAGUGCCGCUUUGUCAAGAGCCACAUGAAGGAGAUUGAGCACGAGGACGGAAGAAAGGAGCUGGUGCUCAUCAACACCUCCGCAGAUGGCGGCCAGAAUGGCGAGCCCCAAGAUGAAGAGUCCGAGGAGCAGCGACCUGGCGUCUCCAACAUUGUCAGCAUGGACAAGAAGAUUGACCUUAACCGCAAGCGAACCGACUUCACAAAGGCCGACCAGUACAUUACCUGGCUCAAUAAGGAAGCCAAACUGAGCGAGGAGUUCAUGAACCGCCGAAAGAAUCAGUCCGACGAGGGCAUCGAGGAUCUGCGUGCUCGCUAUGUCGACCCUCCCUUCAAGCCCUCUGAGAAGCGACGCCUCUACUUUGGUCCCGAGACUCCUACCUUGGCCCCCCUUACUACGCAAGGAAACCUCCCUUUCCGUCGUCUCUGCGUUGAGCUCGGUGCUCAGCUGACAUACUCUGAGAUGGCCAUAGGAAUGCCGCUAAUCCAGGGAACCAAGGCUGACUGGACCCUCCUCAAGGUCCACGACUCGGAACUCACUCCUCCCAAGAUGAACCCAGGAUCGGUCCCCAUCUUUGAGGACUACGAUCACUCCCGGGAUCUCAAGUUUGGUGCCCAGAUCUCAGGAAACAACCACUGGGUCGUCUCCAAGGCUGCUGAUGUUCUGAACCGCUACUGCCCCCAUCUUCGCCUCAUUGAUCUCAACUGCGGUUGCCCUAUUGACAUGGUGUUCAAGUCCGGCGGUGGAUCGGCGCUUCUUGAGAACCACGGCAAGAUGGAACGCAUGAUUCGAGGCAUGAACGCCAUGUCCGGGGAGAUUCCCAUCACUGCCAAGAUAAGGACUGGCAUCCGGAACAACCGCCCCACGGCUACCCAGCUCAUUGGCAGGCUGGCCUUCGGUGCGCGGGAGCAUCGUGAGCGCCUCGGUGCCCCUGGUUGCGCCGCCCUGACUCUCCAUGGACGAAGCCGUGAGCAGCGAUACACCAAGAAGGCUGACUGGGGCUACAUUGGAGAGUGUGCCGCUCUCAUCAAGACCUACAACAAGGAGAAGGACAGCCUCACAGACACAGCCGCCGAGCCCGAUGAGAGCUCCCUCCCCAACUCCAAGGACGGCCGCAUGUACUUCCUCGGCAACGGCGACUGCUACUCACAUACUGAGUACUAUGAGAACAUUGAAAAGGCCCGUGUCGAUACCGUCAUGAUUGGUCGCGGUGCCCUUAUCAAACCCUGGAUCUUUGAGGAGAUUGAGAAGGGUCAGUAUCUGGACAAGUCGUCGAGCGAGCGUCUCGGCUACAUUGAGAAGUUUGUGCGCUACGGCCUUGACGCCUGGGGUUCUGAUGAGCUUGGCAUCGGCUUCACGCGCCGCUUCCUACUCGAGUGGCUGAGCUUCGCUCAUCGCUAUGUCCCCGUCGGAUUGCUAGAGUAUCUACCCCCUAGCCUGAACGACCGGCCACCCAAGUACAAGGGACGAGACGAAAUGGAGACGCUAAUGGCGUCCAACAACUUUAGAGAUUGGAUCAAGAUCAGUGAGAUGUUCCUCGGUCCUGUCCACCCGACUUUCAACUUCCAGCCCAAGCACAAGUCGAAUGCGUAUGAGGCUGAGGGUUAA